UGUGUAGGUGUGUGUGUGUGUGUGUGUGUGUCCCUGUAUAUUCUCUUCAGUGCUUCAGGACUGUUUCAGUCUCACCUGUGGCUCUGCGUCGUCGUCUGGCUGCAGAGAUGUCGGAGGACGCGGUCGGCCUCGCCGCGGUGACCGUGCUGGCCGUCCUGGAACAAGCCUAUUUCUCUCUGCAGGUGAUCUAUGCCAGGAGGAAGUAUUCGGUGUCUCCCCCCGCCACCACGGGCCCCCCAGAGUUUGAGAGGAUCUUCAGAGCUCAAGCCAACUGUUCGGAGUAUUUCCCGAUCUUCAUCACCGUCCUGUGGACGUCCGGACUCUUCUUCAGUCAAGGUGCGUCUUCAGUCUGUGGUCUGCUCUAUCUGUACGGACGCUUCCGGUACUUCCGCGGAUAUUCACAGUCGGCACAGGGACGUCUGGCUCCGCUGUAUUUCAGCGCCCAGGUUCUCUGGGUUCUGAUCGGGUUCUCGUGUGUCGGUGUGCUGCUGGCGUUCUGCAGAGUUUACCUGGCGCUGGAGCUGAUUGGCCGGCUCACCGCGGCGCUCGGACUCGCCUGAGGACAGAGGAGAGAGAAUACGAGACUUUCACAUUUCAUUUGUGAUGAUAAAAAUAUUAAAUUAUCAUUCCUGUUAUAUUUAAUUUCUCCUCAAAACUUGAUUUAAUUGCCUGUUUUUCUGCGAGGAGUUUGGUCUGAUCAUUGACUGUUUUAACAACGAUUAAAUAAAGAAAUGCUCUAUUACAA